CAGUCCUCAGUCUGUCCUCCGUUAAGGAUGUGUUCCCUCUCAGCCCGCCUGCUGGUUCUGGUCUUUUUGGCCGUCCCUCUGUAUGGAGUGGAAAAGGUGAGAAACAGAGGAUACCGAAAGGAUCCUGAUGCCGACAAGUGCACUGGAAAUGAUGCAGAAAAGCCCAACUGCACUAGACACUCCGGUGAAGGAAGAUCCUCUGCUUUGAACAGCAUGUACGGCAGCUGCAUGCAGGGCCCGUCAGGCACCCCGGGCAGAGACGGUAAUCCAGGAGCCAACGGCAUCCCGGGGACGCCGGGUAUUCCGGGCCGCGACGGGCUCAAAGGCGAGAAGGGGGAAUGUGUGAGUGAGAUCUUUGAGGAGCCGUGGAAACCCARCUACAAGCAGUGUGCCUGGAACUCUCUGAACUAUGGCAUCGACCUGGGGAAAGUGGCCGACUGCACGUUCACCAAGCUGCGCUCAGACAGCGCGCUCAGAGUCCUCUUCAGYGGCUCCCUGCGGCUCAAGUGCAAGAACGCCUGCUGCCAGAGGUGGUACUUCACCUUCAACGGCGCGGAGUGCACGGGACCCCUGCCUGUGGAGUCCAUCAUCUACUUGGACCAGGGCAGUCCAGAACUCAACUCGACCAUCAACAUCCACAGAACGUCCUCAGUUGAAGGCUUGUGUGAGGGCGUGAAAGCGGGCCUGGUGGAUGUGGCCGUGUGGGUGGGGACCUGCUCCGACUAUCCCAGAGGCGACGCGUCUACAGGCUGGAACUCCGUCUCCAGGAUCAUCAUCGAGGAGUUGCCUAAAUAAGAGCCGGGCUUACAUGAAAGGAGGUCUCCAGUCUUUGUAGAGCAGGAGUUGUGUCAUCUGGCCCUCUGAAAUCAUCAGGUCAGCUCUCUGAGGCGUCGCAGCGUCACUGAUUGUAACUUGAAUGUUUUUUUUGUUUAAAUACUGUUUCAGCUGGCAGGCCUGUAAACAAAACCAUACAAACUGUGGUUCUGUCUGCCAGAAAUACUCUGUACUGUAGCUGAGUCUGCUGGUGGCUAAUAGCCAUCAUUUACAGUGUUUAUAUGUACUCCAUGUCAUGUUUAUACUGUUACUGUCAAUAAAGUUUGUUCUUUUGAAAGAUA